AUGAUCCUCGGAAUAGACCUUGCCGGCGACGUGGAGGAAGUUGGCGAGGAUAUCGUCGAACUGAAGGAAGGAGGUCAAGUUUUCUGUCAGAGUCAAUGGGACAGGAAAACCGCUGGUUUUCAGCAGUAUGCGCUCGGUCUGGCCGCGACAACAGGAUCCCAGCCAAUCUCUCGUACGACGAGGCAGCGACUCGACCUAUGGCGCUUUCGACGGCCUUUGUUGGUCUUUUCAACCAGAAUCUACAUGGGGCCGGUUUGUCCGCACCAAUUACCCAAGCUGAAGAAGGCGAAUACGGCGGCGGACCUCUCGUCGUCCUCGGCGGAGCCAGCUCUGUCGGCCAAUCGACGAUCCAGCCUGCCAAAUUCGUGGGGUUCUCGCCUAUCGUCGUCACAGCAGCUCUAA